AUGGAACUUCCCCCAGAACCUCUCCUCUUCAAGAGGCUCCUUCUCACAGUGGUCCUGCUGGCCUCCACUGUAGCUGCUGAAUUGACUCUCAACCCAGAACACCUUGAUGAGGAGAAGGACGGUUCACUCAUCUGGAGGAUCCAAGGAGCCCCCACCGGUGAUGUCAACUAUACCUGGUACCGGGGGAAUGGAUCCCUCGAAGAAAACAUGCUUAUCUCCUACAACUCCUCCUCUCAAAGCAGGAUCUGUGGCCCUGAAAACACAGGCCGGGAGAAUGUGACUGACAAAGGCUUCCUGACGAUCACAAAAUUACAAUUCAAUGACUCUGGGAUCUAUACACUGGGGGUGACCAGUCCUGGGGACUAUCAAGUGGCCACUGGACAGAUACAGAUCUGGGAACGGCUGCUCACGCCCAACCUCACGGUGAGCAAAGUCAACGUACAGGCGUACAUGGAUGAAGUGACGUUCACCUGCCACCCCAACAACACCGGCGACUUCCAGAUCGAAUGGCACGGCAUCUUUCUCACAGGGAUCAAGACCGGCCAGUGGAAAGUAUCCUCGGACAACAGGACCAUCACCGGCUGGGUCUUUCCAUUCCAGACCGGGCCCUACCGGUGUUCACUGUCAAGCCUGGUCUCCUGGGAGUCAAGUGAAUCGAUGUGGCUGAACGUGUACUGUGAGUAA